AUGGCUUCGACAAUCACUCCGGUCACUGAGUGGCCUGAUUACAAUGACGAUCCCACGGGCGGUAAUCCUAUUACCCAUGAUUUGAAUGCUACUUAUGACAAGUUUUGGAUUUAUGGUUAUAGCUUGUAUCAAUCUCGGACUACAAACCCAAUGUUGGGUGACCUGUCGCUCGCUGUAUUUCACAACGUUCUUGCCCAGCCAUCGAUUGCCAACUCUGAUAUCCCUGAGAUCCUAUAUGCGAUCUUCGGAGUCACCUUCGUCACCGCCACUGCCAUGAUUUUGGCUGGAGCAAUGCUGGAAAGAGGCAGACUAUGGCCUAGCAUGGUGUUCCUUUUGUGCUGGACAACCUUUGUGUACUAUCCUCUAGCUUAUUGGGAGUGGAACCCAGCGGGAUGGCUGUACGCGUUAGGCCUGUACGACUUCGCAGGAUCGGGGCCAGUUCAUAUUGCCUCCGGAUUUGGUGCUCUGGCUUGGUCGUUUAUGCUGGGACCCCGACUGCCCGACGCCAGCAUCACCGAUCGCAAGGCAGCCGUACACUACAAACCACAUAAUCCACUACUUAUGGUUCUUGGAACUGUACUUAUUUGGUUUGGCUGGUUUGCGUUUAAUGGUGGCAGCACCGCAAACCUUAGUCUCCGAUCGAUCUACGUCGUUGCGAAUACAAACUUCUCUGCUUGUGCUGGCGGAAUAGCUUGGGUUCUUCUUGGGUACCUGCAUACCCGAAAGUUCUCUUUGGUCGGUUUCUGCAGUGGGAUCAUCGCAGGACUGGUUGGCAUCACCCCCGCUGCCGGAUUCACACUCAUCUAUGUCUCUCCUGUAAUCGGAGGUGUCACGGCGGUGGUGUGCUUUUACUGUGUCAAGUACAAGUACAUUCUCUCGGUCGACGAUGGCCUUGAUAUCUUUGCCAUUCACGGAAUCGGCGGCGUUAUCGGAGAUAUCCUGACUGGCCUCUUUGCUACUGGAUAUGUUCCUGCGCUGGAUGGCGUAUCAGGAGAUGCCUAUGCAGGUGGAUGGUGGGAUGGAAAUUAUCGCCAGCUUGGUCUCCAAAUUGCAGGUGCCGUGACUUGUGCCGCUUGGUCAUUCGUUAUCUCAUGCAUAUUGCUCUUCGUCAUUGGCAAGAUCCCUGGUCUGCAUCUUCGAGCCAGCGAGGAACACGAGAUCAGAGGUCUUGACUACAAGUAUCUCAGUGACAUGGACUGGGAGGACCAUUACAUGAAUGGAGGUAUCACACCGGUGAUGGAGGGAACGCCUAUGAGAGCUUCAACCCCUCAGCAAACUCCCGACAAGAGUGAAGAGAGGAAGGUCGACUGA